UCAUUUUCAAUCCACAUUUUUUUUGUAUCGGGCGUGAAUGUCACGCUGGUAGCCAUCAACCACUUCAUCCCAUCUGGCAUGACAACAUGAACUCUCCCUACGCUGCCGUGCAGUACUACCCCGACUUCCCCUUUCACCGACUCCGGGAGCCCUCGUCCCGCUUGUCCUGGAGAGACGGGCCCUUCCUCGGCGCCGCGCCCCACAGUCAGUCCACGCCGACGGCCGAGCUCCUGAGCCAGGACGUCUUCAACCAACUCUUCGACAUGUUGGACCAAUCCACCAUACAUUCAGUCUACAGCGAGGGUCCGACUCACGGCUCUGCGGGGAACACCAUCCAGAUCAGCAUGGACUGCAUCACCAUGCACCAGCCGGACCAGACGCUCGCUUCCCAGUACACCAACCUGGGGCUCCUGAACAGCAUGGACCAGAGCAUCCAGAACGGCGGCUCCACGUCCACCAGCCCGUACAACAACGACCACGCCCAGAACAACGUGACGGCGCCCUCGCCCUACGCCCAGCCCAGCUCCACCUUCGACGCCAUGUCGCCCUCGCCCGCCAUCCCAUCCAACACGGACUACGCCGGCCCGCACACCUUCGACGUGUCCUUCCAGCAGUCCAGCACCGCCAAGUCGGCCACGUGGACGUACUCCACGGAGCUGAAGAAGCUCUACUGUCAGAUCGCCAAGACCUGUCCCAUCCAGAUCAAAGUCAUGACCACGCCCCCGCAGGGCGCCGUCAUCCGCGCCAUGCCCGUCUACAAGAAGGCGGAGCACGUGACGGAGGUGGUCAAACGCUGCCCCAACCACGAGCUGAGCCGCGAGUUCAACGACGGUCAAAUAGCGCCCCCCAGUCACCUGAUCAGGGUGGAGGGCAACAGCCACGCCCAGUAUGUGGAGGACACCAUCACUGGGAGGCAGAGCGUGCUGGUGCCCUACGAGCCCCCCCAGGUGGGCACAGAGUUCACCACCAUCUUGUACAACUUCAUGUGUAACUCCAGCUGUGUUGGCGGCAUGAACCGCCGGCCCAUCCUCAUCAUCGUCACCUUGGAGACCAGAGACGGUCAGGUGUUGGGCCGCCGCUGCUUCGAGGCUCGGAUCUGCGCCUGCCCGGGUCGAGACCGCAAGGCGGACGAGGACAGCAUCCGCAAGCAGCACAUCACCGACACCACAAAGACAAGUGACGGUACGAAGCGCCCGUUCCGCCAGGUGUCACACGGCAUUCAGAUGUCGGCCAUCAAGAAGAGGAGAUCCAGCGAUGAGGAAGUCUUUUGUUUGCCGAUCAAAGGGCGUGAAAUUUACGAGAUUCUGGUGAAGAUCAAAGAGUCUUUGGAGCUGAUGCAGCUUCUGCCACAACACACCAUCGAGUCGUAUCGACAGCAGCAGCAGAACCUUCUGCAGAAGCAGACGUCGAUGGCGCCCCAGCCCAGCUUCGGCCCCAGCUCGCCGACACACAAUAAAGUCAACAAGCUGCCGUCCGUCAGUCAGCUGAUCAACCCCCAGCAGCGCAACACGCUCACCCCGUCCGCCAUGUCCGGCGGUCUGACUGACAUGACUCCCAUGAUGGGCACUCACAUGCCAAUGGGCGCUGACAUGAGUUCACUGAGCCCCUCCCACGCCCUGCAGCCCCAGCUGCCCCUGGUGCCCUCACACUGUACCCCCCCUCCUCCGUACCCCAUGGACAGCAGCAUCUCCAGCUUCCUCCUUCGUCUGGGCUGCGCAGGCUGCUUGGAUUACUUCACAGCACAGGGUCUAAGCAACAUCUACCAGAUAGAGAAUUAUAACAUGGAGGACUUGUCGCGGCUGAAGAUCCCCAUGGAGUUCCAGCACAUCAUCUGGAAGGGCAUCCUGGAGCACCGGCAGGCCAUGGACUUCUCCCCCCCGCCCCACAUCGUGCGCACCACCAGCGGGGCGUCCACCGUCAGCAUGGGCUCCUCCGAGGCGCGCGGCGAGCGCGUCAUCGACGCCGUGCGCUUCACCUUGCGCCAGACCAUCUCCUUCCCCCAGCGGGACGACUGGUCCGACUUCUCCUUCGACUUGGACUCUCGCCGCAACAAGCAGCAGCGCAUCAAGGAGGAGGGCGAGUAGGACCGCAGCCCGCAGUGCAAGCAGCGCUCGCUCACGCAGACGUGCACUUAUUCUUCUUCUCGUGCUAAAGAGCACUUAAGAAAUGGUUCCUUUAACAAAAAGUAUUACGUCUCCUCUUUUCCCUGCUCUGGCUUCUAUAUUUAGCUGGGGUGGCGCCACCUAUAGGCAGUGCUGUACAGGACGUCAGGUCUCAUGUUGCAUUUCAAGUAUUUUGUAUGUUUUGGUUGAGGAUAUUAAAAAAAUGACAUGUUGUAUAGAUCCUUUUUUGCAGGAAACCCAACUAAAGCGACGUUAGCUAGAAAGCAAUAAAAACUGCAUUUUCCUAUUUUUGUACAAUGUUUUGUAAAUAUGUUGCAGUUUUGAUAGAAACCCAAAAUAAACACCCACACUUCCUG